AUGACGUCCAGAAUCAAGAUUACAGCUAACCCGCGCUACCAGAAGUCCGGCACGAAGUCGUACUUGUAUGCCAUGCGCAAGUACCGCUUCACCCCGACACAGGGUGGGCCAUACACGUAUGGAACGACCAUGCAUCAGACUGGCAGACAGUACACCGAUAAGCCUGUCGGAGGCCGUGCCCAUUUGCAGCAGGUCAUGCAGAAGAAGAGCGUUGACAGUGACCAGGUUGGUCAAGUUGGCGCUGAUGAUGUUCAGAAUGAUGCCAUGUAUUUGGCGGAAGUUGGUAUUGGAAGUCCGGCUCAGACCUUGAGUUUGGACUUUGAUACUGGGUCCGCAGAUCUCUGGGUCUGGUCGACGAAAUUACCUUCUCAGACCCUGUCGCAAUACACGAAUCAUACUGUCUUUGAUCCGAGCAAGUCGAGUACCUACAAAGUGAAGGAUGGUUCUACUUGGCAAAUCUCGUAUGGUGAUGGCUCUUCUGCGUCUGGUUUAGUUGGCAACGAUGAUGUCAACAUCGGUGGACUGGUUGUGAAAGGCCAGGCUAUUGAAUUAGCUGAGAAGCUGUCUACUCAGUUUGCACAAGGCGCCGGCGACGGACUUCUCGGACUCGCUUUUGGAAAUAUCAACACCGUCCAGCCCAAGGCUGUCAAGACACCCGUGGAGAACAUGAUCACCCAAUCCGAUAUCCCUAAGUCGGCUGAACUGUUUACGGCUAAGCUGGGAUCCUGGCGAGACUCUGAUGAGCCGGAUAAGGGCGAGUCAUUCUAUACAUUUGGAUAUAUUGACCAGGAUACCGUCAAGGCGUCUGAGGCCGAUAUCUAUUACACGCCCGUCGAUAACAGCCAAGGUUUCUGGACCUUUGACUCUACUUCGGCAACUGUGAAUGGAAAAUCUAUUGCUCGGUCCGGAAACACCGCCAUUGCUGAUACUGGUACUACUUUGGCGCUGGUUGAUGAUGACACUUGUCAAGCCAUCUACAACGCCAUUGAAGGAGCGGUGUAUGAUAAUGACAGCCAGGGUUGGAUCUACCCGUCUAACACCACGGCUGAUAAUCUGCCUGUUGUCUCCUUUGCUGUUGGCGAUCAGCAGUUUGUUGUGCAGAAGGAGGAUCUUGGCUUCGCUGAGGCUAAAUCUGGUUAUGUCUAUGGCGGUAUCCAGAGUCGAGGUACUAUGACUAUAGAUAUUCUUGGUGAUACAUUCUUGAAGGGUGUCUAUGCAGUCUUCGAUGUGGGCAAUAUGCGCUUUGGUGCCGUGCAACGAAAGGAGCUGCACCAGAAUCUGUCCGUGCCUUCUUCUUGA